AUGGAAAGUCACCGGAAUUUGCCCACAAAUGUCAUCAGUUUUUGCUUACUCCCCUCGGAGCUCAUCCAAUAUAUAAUUCUUCAGCUUGCCUUGCCUGAGAUUAUCCGACUGAAAUCUGUCAAUAAGUCCAUUUCCUCUAUUAUUUCUGAUCGGGAUUUCGUUCGCGACUACAAUCUUCAAUCGAGCUCCGCCACGUGGCUGUUCCUCUACAUGAAACGGUGGCGCCGUGAGGCUGUGCUCUAUGGCUUCGCCGAUUCUUCCAACCGGUGGUUUAAUAUAUUGAUCGCCGAUUUGUUGAAACAAGUGGUUCCGCCAGGUGAAGAUGUCUACUUUUUGACUGCUUCUGGUAAUAUAUUCCUCUUUGCUUUGAAUAACAGGCAGGAAGUUAUGUCAGUUGAUAUUAUGACUAGGAUGGUGAAAAAGAUCCCUCCAAGCCCGUUAGGUCCACGUGGCACAUCUUCGUGGCGAAGAUCCGGUAUGAAAUUACUCUCUUGCCCUUCUAGUUCCAAGCAUUUUCGAUUUAUGUUUGUUGAGUUACAUCAAAGUCAUCCAACUUUAUUCGAGUAUGAUUCAAGAGUUGAGAGAUGGCAAUUUAUGCAAGCAAGAGAGAUUACCCAAGACUUACAAGGUGAUUUUAUUUUCCUAAGUGCAUCUAAUGGACGUAACGCAAGUGUCAUCAUAGCCGUGCGACCUCAAUGCAACAGCACUCCAGUUGUCAUCCGACCAACAUUCAACACCCGAGGGAACGAAGAAGAUCAAUUAGCUGUUGGAUUUAGUUGGGGAAACACCAUCGAUCUAUUACACGUGUACGGUGAUGGAAAUAUGAUUACUAUUAGAUCAGGCAAAGUUGAUGAUGUGAAUAAAACAAUUAGAAAGAUAAAGGGAAUAGAGUUAUGGGGGUUGAGCACAAAUGGGAGGUAUUGGGAAUUUGUAUCAAGGGCACCAAAUGAUCUAAUUUAUAAAAUAAGCAAGCCAUAUGGUGCUAUGAUGGGGUGUAUGCAAAAAGGGAAAGGGAUAACAAGGGCAAUUUUGAUGACCAAUCUAAAGGGUGCAUGGGACACAAUUUGGUUAAGGUAUGACAAAAAGGACGACCAGUGGACGUGGCUCCCGUUACCUGAUUGCAAGAUGAAGGGCUCAAACUUGGCUGGAGUCACAUUCUCCUCUGGUUUAACCUUGUCCUAG